AUGGCGGCAGUUACAGAGCUGCUCCUAGAAACACUGGAGGAUCUGGCACAUGAAGAACUAAAAAUCUUCAAAUGGUUCCUGCAGCAGGCUGAAAUCCUGGAAGGCUUCCCAGCUAUACCAAAGAGCCAUUUAGAGAAGGCAGACAGGCUGGACACACUGGACCUCAUUGUGCACACAUAUAAUGAGCACUCUAUGGAGGUGACCAUGAAAGAUUCAGGAGUGAAGCUGCUCUGUGGUGGACUGGAGAGUCCACACUGCAGACUGGAAACUCUCAGGUUGUCAGGCUGCCUGGUCACAGAGGAAGGUUGUGCUUCUCUGGCCUCCGCUCUGAGCUCUAACCCGUCCCAUCUGAGGGAGCUGGACCUGAGCUACAAUCCCCUGGGAGACUCAGGGCUGACGCCACUCUUUGCCGGAGUGAAGGACCCACAGUGGAGACUAGACACUCUCAGUGUGGAUCAUACUGGCAUGCACUUGUUGAAAUCUGGACUGAGGAAGUACGCAUGUCCGCUCACCCUGGACCCAAACACAGCAAACGCAUACCUCUGUCUGUCUGAGGACAACAGGACRGUGACACUGGUGAAGGAAAAGCAGCCGUAUCCUGAUCACCCAGAGAGAUUCAACGRCUGGAAGCAGCUGCUGUGCACCGAUGGCCUGACUGGCCGCUGUUACUGGGAGGUAAUGAGGAAAGGGUGGGUGUCUGUUGGAGUGACUUACAGAGGAAUCAGACGAAAMGAAAAGGAUUCCGACUGCUGCCUYGGUCUCAGUGACAAGUCAUGGAGCUUGUACGGCUCCGGAGGCUUCUACUCUGCCUUCACCAACAACAGAGUCCAUGGGAAUCUAUGCAUCUGUGAUCCUAGCUCUGUUUUGGAGAAAGUGGCAGUGUAUUUGGACUGGCCUGCUGGCUCUGUGUCCUUCUACAGAGUCUCCUCUGACAAGCUGCUCCACCUCCACACCUUCAACYCCACAUUCACUGAACCUCUCUACCCUGCGUUCAGGUUGGAGCAUAUGAUCAGGCUCGACUCCUCAGUGACUCUUUGUCAGAUUUAGGAGGGAGAGUGGACCCUGUGGGCAAACAAGGUCCCAGAGGACAAGGAACACCURAACAGGGAGUUUAAAAUAUGUUAUGACAUGGAAUCAUGAGUUAAAUAUUCAGUGCAUGCUGCAACUAACUAAAUACCACCUCAGCUUACCCAAGUAUGUAGGGAGCCAAAACCUGGAGGUGCAACAUGGCGGACCCUGCUCCUGAUGUAGAUUAACU